AUGUCCUCGUUAUUCAGGCGCCUUGUCCCGAUUCUAGCUUCGGCUGCUACUCUUCUAAGUCUCUCGAGCGCCGCUACUGUUACCUAUAACUUUAGGAUAGGCUGGGUCACGUCGAAUCCCGAUGGAGCGUUUGACAGACCAACUAUCGGAAUUAACGACCAAUGGCCUAUUCCUCCAAUUGUUGCUGAUGUUGGCGAUAAUGUCGUAGUUAACGUCUUGAAUCUGCUUGGAAACCAGUCUACUUCUCUUCAUUUUCAUGGCUUAUUCAUGAAUGGCACAACUCAUAUGGAUGGCCCAUCUCAGGUCUCACAAUGUUCCAUUGCGCCGGGCUCGAGUUUCACCUACAACUUCACAAUUAACCAACCCGGUACAUAUUGGUACCAUUCUCAUACCAAUGGACAAUAUCCCGAUGGGCUACGAGGACCUCUCAUUGUCCACGACCCGAAAUCUCCUUUUCUUGACACAUAUUACAAGCAAGAAAACGAGAGGGUUUUGACUGUCUCAGACUGGUAUCAUGAUCAGAUAACAGACCUACUUCCAGGAUUUAUCAGCAAGGGAAAUCCCACGGGAGCCGAGCCCGUUCCACAGGCCGCCCUAUUCAAUGAUACGCAGAACUUGAAAGUUCCGGUCCAACCCGGGACAACUUAUCUCUUCCGUGUUGUAAACAUGGGGGCCUUCGCAGGCCAGUACAUCUGGUUUGAAGGCCACAAUAUGACCAUCAUCGAGGUCGAUGGUGUCUACCAUCAGCCGGCUGAAGCUGAUAUGAUUUACCUGUCUGCUGCUCAGCGCUGUAGCUUUUUGGUGACGACCAAAAACGACACAACAACCAACUAUGCAUUUGUGGCGAGCAUGGAUACUACUUUAUUCGAUACACUGCCAGAUGACUUGAAUUACAAUGUCACUGGAUGGCUAGUCUAUGAUGAAGCUAAGCCCUUACCAGAGCCUGCACUGGUCGAUGAAUUGAACAACUUCGACGACAUGACCCUACUCCCAUACGACAACCAAACGCUGUUUGUCAAGCCAGACAAGGAGAUUCAACUCGACGUAAUCAUGGACAACUUAGGAGAUGGUGCGAAUUACGCAUUCUUCAAUAAUAUUACAUACAAGGCACCCAAAGUACCUACACUCUACACAGCUCUAUCUGCUGGAGAAUUGGCGACGAAUCCUACUGUCUAUGGCUCUUUUACACACUCUUUCGUCCUUGAGAAGGGUGAUAUAGUGCAGAUUGUGGUCAAUAAUCUGGACACAGGACGCCAUCCUUUCCAUCUCCACGGGCACCACUUCCAAGCUGUCUAUCGGUCUGAGGAAGACGCUGGAACCUUUGAGGAUUCUGGUGUUACAGAAGCUGAUUUUGCUGCUACACCUAUGCGCCGUGAUACUUUAGUGUUAUUCCCUACUGGUUACAUCGUGCUUAGAUUCCGGGCUGAUAACCCAGGUGUUUGGCUAUUCCAUUGCCACAUCGAGUGGCACGUUGCAUCCGGCCUCAUCGCAACUUUCGUCGAAGCACCCCUCGAUUUACAAAAGACGAUCACGAUCCCAAAAGACCACCUGAACGCUUGCGCCGCUGAGAAUGUCCCCACAGCUGGCAAUGCUGCUGGAAAUACAGCAAACUUCCUCGACUUAACAGGGGAGCCUCGGUCUCCUGACCCUCUACCAGAUGGAUUUACCACACGUGGCAAGGUAGCUUUGGCAUUCAGCUGUCUCUGCGGUAUUCUCGGUGUCAUAGUAGUUGUUCUAUACGGUCUCGCGCCGGACGCAGCUGCCCCUGAAUGGGUUGAACAGCGCGUUGCAGAAACACAGGUCGCCGACUCGUCGGUGCGUUCAUCAGGAGGCGCAGGGGCGGAGCCUGAACUUGUUACCGUUACGGCUGUAUCUGGGGGUGGGAAUACUAAGGCGUGA